GUGUGUGUGUGUGUGUGUGUGUGUGUGUGUGUGUGUGUGUGUGUGUGUGUGCUGCUAGAGACGGAGUAUGCUAGGUAACACGGACCAUAAAUUGAUAUUGAAACAUUUCCAGGAGCUCAUGUUUUGAAAAAAUAAUUUUGCCAGUUUAGCGUUUAAUCGCGUACACUCGUCUUUUCGCGCAAGUCAGUGUCACACAAGUGUCACACUAACAUUCAGUGGCUUCUGUGGAUGUUUGGUUUUGACUAGACAAACAAAAUCUAACUGGCUUCAGGAUGUUUCUGUUCUCCAAAAAGAAGAAACCCAGCGAGGAAGCCAUAAAACGCCUGCAGUACCAGCUGUGCUUGGCCAAAGAAGCAGGUGCUGAUGAUAUUCUGGACAUUUCUGCAUGUGAGCUCACAGAGGUUCCCUCCAGUGCCUUCUCGAUAUGUAAAGUCCUCCAGAAGAAAGUGUUAAUUCUUCACGCAAAUGACCUGAGGUCACUUGUUCCUAAAGGUUGCUGCAUUGGUGCCUUAGCAACUUUAAAGGUGUUGGACCUUCAUGAAAAUAAGCUCACAUCUCUUCCUGAUGACAUUGGGCAGCUUUUGUCCUUACAGGUGCUGAAUGUAGAGAAGAAUCGAUUAAAACAGCUGCCGGACUCUAUAGGAGAUCUACGGCAUCUACAGACGCUUAAUGUGAAAGAGAACAGCCUUACUGUCAUUCCUGUGUCUGUGGGACACAUGAGCAGCCUGCGUACACUGGACAUAAGCGAGAACAGCAUUAGAGAAUUACCGAAAGAGCUGGCCAGUGUUCGCACUUUGGAAAGCCUGAUCCUGGACGCACAGGUUAUGAGAUAUCCACCUGCGUCAGUGUGCACCGCCGGCACAGAGGAAGUGCAGCGCUACCUCUGCUCAGAGAUGGGUCUGGAGUAUUGCCCUCCAUCUCAGUAUCUCCUGCCUGUGCUGGAGCAUGAUGGAGGGAAGCAGGAGGUGGAUUGUGUUGAUGGUGAGGAGAAAGCCUGGCAGAGCAAAUUCAUGGACUAUGAGAAAAGAAAGGAGCAGAAACAGCUGGAAAAGUUGACCUUUGAGAAAGAUCUUGAAGAGAAACAGAGAGAGCACACUCAGCUCUUCCUCCUCAACAACUCCCGCAAAGAGGAUGUCUUGCUGUCUGUCAAACUGGAGCAGCAGCGGUUGGAGUUAGGUGUGUCUCAGCAGCAGAAGACCCAGGAAACAGAGAGGCAGAAAAUACUGGAUAAAGUACGUCAGGCAGAGAGCAGUGUCAUGAGUCGCAUCUCUGACCUCUUGCUUGAUAACAAACGCCAGGCAAAGAGCGCCGAGUUUCUGCAAGCUCUGGAGGAAGACCGUAUACGAAUGGAACACCUUACUGCCAUCACACAUGAUGAAGCCAACUCUCUUAGGAAGAAGGAAGUGGCAAGUGCCAUGCAGAGGAUGCUGUCAGAGAGCUACUCUUUAAGGUUACUGCAGGAGGCCAGGGAAGCCAAGACACAGAUUCUGGUGUCAGAGACCUGCAGGAGUUUGGACUAUAUGGAUAAGAAGUUUGACCAAGUGUUGUCCCUGCAGCAGCUAGACAAAAGCAAAGCCAUUAGUCAGAUCCUUCAAGAGGAGGAAAUGCAGAAGGCCGCCUUUGAAGCUCUCCAACUCCAGAAGGACAGUGUGCAUGCUUAUAUCCGUAAUCAGAUUAAACUCAUAGAGGCAGAGUUAAUGCAGCUGACAAAGCUGGAGGUUAAGAGGAGGAAUUUGGACACUGAGAACCUGCAGGAGGUGCUGGCUGACCAGAGGACUGCUCUGAGUGACCUGCUGCAGGAGUUACUCAAACAAAAGGACCAAAGGGAGGAGGAGCUCAGGAUGGUUUUGGUGGAGAUGGACCAGAAAAGUGAUUCGAAUCAGCAGAACUACUGGAUGAUCCAGUAUCAGAGGCUCCUGGACGCCAAACCUCUGUCUCUGCGGAUGCAGGAAGCAGCUGUGGAUGGGGAUCUGGGGAAUCUGCUGUGUAAACUCUCUGCUCAACACUACCUGCCAGUCAUAGCUCACCACAGAAUCACUGCCGAGGCCUUGCGACACAUGACCUCCAAAGACCUUAGGAAGUUGGGGAUUAAUGAGGUUGGUGUCCAGAAAGCUCUUCUCCACUGGGCCAAAGAACGCACUCUGUCUGACCCAUUUCCUAAAACGGCAAAAGAGAUGCAGGAAGCUGGUCCAUCCGCUCCAAGUGCCCCGCUUCAACAUCAGCUCACUCCUCCACUGACCCCCAACACCCCCCUCACCCCCACAAGUCCUGAUAGAUUCAGCAGUUCUGAGUGUGUGGUCUGCAUGGAACAUGAGUCACAGGUGAUCUUUCUGCCGUGUGGCCAUGUAUGCUGUUGUCAGACUUGCAGCAGUGCUCUGCAGUCCUGCCCUCUGUGCCGUGGCUCUAUAUCUCAGCGUGUCCGUCUUUACCACGGCUGAAGCCGGUCAGGAUCAUACGUCAUGUGUCGCUGUUGUUCCUUCCUCCCAUUUGCUGCAUGAAAUCGUAGUAUGUGAACCUUCAAGCACUUUAGAAGUCCAACUUCCACUCCAACUUCAACUAACCAAUCAAAAAAUAGCUUAUACAGCAUGACAUUUGUCCAAUGGGAAGUUUUAUGGUUCAUCAUAAUCGUGUCAGAUUCCAAGAAAUUAACAACUACAAAGUAUUAGUAACUCAAACCUAAUAGGAGUAGAUAUAUUAUAAUGACUGUUGAGCUUUAGUAUCAUCCUUGAUGUAUUACUAUAAUCACUUGAGCCUCUUCUGUAUUUGGUGUCAACUCAACGCCCCUCUCUCACUACAUUUGAAAUAUCUGCAUGUUCUCUAUAGUAAAGCUAAAUCUUCAUUCACUCACCACAGUCCCCCGCAUGCCCUGUCCUCCAUGUAAUUCUAGCAUCAUCGCAGUACAGUAAGACCAAAUUUAUCACCAAUCAGGGAUGUUCACAUCAAGAAGAGACAUCACAGAGGAACUAUUUAAUUCGAGUCAUUAUCAGAACAAUUUUUUCCUACUGAUAAACACCAAUCAGAAUCUGCUCUGACUUGAGCAUUUAAAGUGGAAGCUGACGUAACUACAGCGCACUUAUAUUAAACAGAACGCUGCCCACUGUUGGUGUGGAUGCUAAUACAGUUACGGUUAAAGUUAUCUUCAUCCUCUCUGUUCUCUGUGUGAAUGGGCCUUUACCCUGCAAUGCCAGUAGUGGGUAUUUUAAUACUUCAAUUAUGUUAAAGUAAUUUUUAAUUUUUAUUUUUAAUGUCAGACUUAAAUUUUCAGUAUAAAUGUGACUCUUUGAAUAAAUUUUAAUUUACAGAACACAGCCUUAUAAAGGCUUCAUUUUGAACUGACUUUGCAACACAGCAUAAUUGGAAAUUAUAGGUUGAAGCUGAAACCUUUCUGAAAGCACUGUACUUGCAACAUAACGCUCCAAACGUUCAUCCUAACAAAUGCACUAUCAGUCCUUUUAUACUGUCGACUAUCCAGUUUCAGGAACUAGAAGUAUUGCGCACACACGCAAUAGUGUGUCCUAAAUCUGUGUACUUCUUUUAACCUCUCUUCAUCUAAGUGCUCUUAAAUGCAAGUCUGCUUCUCACUGAACAUGCACAGAAUGAAAAAAGAACUUAAUCUGUCUGUAAACAGAACCAAAUUCAUUUCAUUUCUUAUUUCAGGAAAGGAGCUUUAAGUGUUUAUCAGCAUGUUACAUCACAUCACAAACUUUAAAUCCGAGUUCUUUGUGUGAUAGUUAUGCUGAAUGGAUCAGACUGGACAAAUAUUAUUUUAUUUGCUGUGCAUCUGUGAUUUAAGAAAAAAAAACUAUGAAAGCAUCACAAUGCUAAGUAGAAUGUGUAAAAGGAGUUACUGUAGUAUAACCUACUCUCUGAUGGCAGGUUAUUAUUAAUUAUAUACACACUGUAGUAAUGACUGAUAAAGUUUCUGGUCAUUUUAUACAACACAAAUGACACUUUAUCUGUGAUGACAAAGUGAGAUUGUUACCUUCAUUUACAAUAUAUCUGCUGCCAUUUCAUUUUUUCCCUUGUUGUCUAUAUAUUCAAAAUAAAAUGUCAUUUUUUUUUAAGUGUUAUAACUGUACCCAACCAACCACAUCCGCUGAAGUGCUGCCUAUUCAUUUUUAAGUGUUAUCACACCCGUCAGAAAAAAUAAACAAUGCAAAAUAAACCUGUUAGACAAAA